GAGCGAGACUGAGAGGGAGCGAGAAAAGGUAUCGGUAACGAUGGUGCUACAGCCAAAGCAGGGGACACCGCCAGCAUGGGUGCAAUCGUACAGCCAGGACGAAAGCCUGGUAGGCUUCCUGGAUCUCCCCCGCGAGCUCAGAGACCUAGUCUACGAAUGGGCAUUUCGCAUCAGCGGUGCCAUUCUCAUCUACACACGUGACCCUACCGCAGCGCGCCUCGUCGCCCGAGCCAUGAACAUCCGUCAUGGAGGCUGCGGCCCCAGCGAACCGCAGCCCUUGCGCACCAAGCAGCUUCCGGUGGCGCUGAUGCGCAGCUGUCGGCAGCUCAACGCCGAGUGCAGCCCCGUGCUAUAUGGAGGCAACGUCUUUUCGUCGUGGAACCUGCACUUGCUCGAACUCGGGCUUGCCCACCGGCAUCUACUCGUGCGACACAUUGUCAUGGACGCCAGUCCGCGCGGCAUCUUCGACAAGAGCCUCGAGCACGUCAAGUACUGCUGGAAGAACCGGUUCUGGCCCGAGAUUCUCAAAUCGGGCAAGGCCAUGCUGGACCGGUUCCCGAAUCUCGAGUCGCUGACUUUCUCGCUUAAGCCUCCGACGCACAAUGAGGUCCUGUGGCGCCCGGGCUUCUUCGCCGUGGGCAAAAACAAGACGAGAGAGCAGCGCGUGGGCAUCGUGGCUGUCUGGAUGAGCAUGGGCUGUUGUUGGCAAGACGACGAGACGCUGCGUGCGUGCUUGCGGCUGGAAAUGAGUCCGCAGGUUGGGCGUCUCAUUGCCAAGAGGGAAUACGAAGGGUCGCGGUUUGCGCCCGAAGACGAUGGCUACGAUGAUGUGUGGGACUAUACCGAGUUUGCAGAUGCGUUUGAUAGAAUGAAGUGCCUUGUGUGAGGCUCUACUACGCCUAUACUAGUACUACUAGUAAGUAGUGGGGACAGACUGGGACGGGAAGGAAUAGCGCAUGCCUGGUGCUACUGCUACUAAAAAACGAGACCAAUCCCUAAGUGUAAGUACCCUGAGGAGGCAAAGGAGAGGAAGAAGACGAGCUGGAAUCUUGCCUCUCACCACCCCCAUUAUACGGUCGUUUCCCCACCGAUUAUAAUAUCUGAGUAAUCCCCAAAAUUUUGACACCAA